GGUGACGCUCCCCAGGCCCCCUGCCCCCCACCCCGGCAUCAUGCAUCGGACCACACGGAUCAAAAUCACAGAGCUGAACCCUCACCUCAUGUGUGCCCUCUGUGGGGGGUACUUCAUCGACGCCACUACCAUCGUGGAGUGCUUGCAUUCCUUCUGCAAAACCUGCAUCGUGCGCUACCUGGAGACCAACAAGUACUGCCCCAUGUGUGACGUGCAGGUGCAUAAAACCAGGCCGCUGCUGAGCAUCAGAUCUGACAAAACCCUCCAAGACAUUGUCUAUAAACUGGUCCCUGGGCUCUUUAAAGAUGAGAUGAAACGACGGCGGGAUUUCUAUGCAGCAUACCCCCUGACUGAAGUCCCCAAUGGCUCCAACGAGGACCGUGGUGAGGUCCUGGAGCAGGAGAAGGGAGCUCUGAGUGACAGCGAGAUCGUCAGCCUCUCCAUUGAGUUCUAUGAAGGUGUCAGGGACCGGGAGGAAAAGAAAGGUCCUCUGGAGAAUGGGGAUGGGGACAAAGAGAAGCAGACAGGGGUCCGAUUCCUGCAAUGCCCAGCGGCCAUGACCGUCAUGCAUCUCGCCAAGUUUCUUCGCAACAAGAUGGACGUGCCCAGCAAGUACAAGGUGGAAGUUCUGUACGAAGAUGAGCCACUGAAGGAAUACUACACUCUCAUGGAUAUAGCCUACAUCUAUCCCUGGCGGCGGAAUGGCCCUCUCCCCCUCAAGUAUCGGGUCCAGCCGGCCUGCAAGAGGCUCACCUUGCCCACAGCACCCACCCCCUCGGAGGGCACCAACACCAGCGGGGCAUCUGAGUACACCAUCUUCCACCAGCAGGGGGCGCAAGAUGACUGUCAACGGAGCUCCUGUGCCCCCCUUAACUUGAGGAAAGGGACCCUCUUCCCUCCUUUUCCAGCCAUGCCUCUCCACCCCUCCACUUUUUCUGGGCCCCUUUUCCACCUCUUCUACUUGCCCCAGCUCCUCCCGCCUUAGGGGUGGGGGGCGGGUUUUAUAAAUAAAUCUAUAUAUAUAUGUACAUAGGAGAAACCAAAUAUACAUACUUAUUUUCUAUGGACCAACCAGAUUAAUUUAAAUGCCACAGGAAACAAACUUUAUGUGUGUGUGUAUGUGUGGGGGGGGGUGUUCAUUUUUACGGGGUCUUGUGUAAUUUGCCCUGCUUGUUUUGGGGGUGCCCGGAGGUGGACUAGAAGGGCCGCUUGAGGCUCAGUGAAGCUCUACUCCAUCCUCCUCCUGUUUCCCAAGGCAGAUGGGGUGUUGGGGGAGCUCCACCAGCCCCCAAAGCUUUAGGCACAACUCCAGCUGGCCGUGAACGCCGUCUACCUUCUCUCCCCAUCUUGGCUGCUGUCCGGCCUUAUCAGCACCCCGCCCCUGCCCCCCCCCCAUCCAUUGUUGAAUGUCCAGAGAAUUGCUAAGACAGUGCCUUUUACAAAUGCAUUUAUCCCCUGGUUCUGAGGAGGGAGUGGGUGGUGAAAACGGCAUCUCCCUUACAGGCAUCUCCCUUACCUCCUCGUCUUGCAGUGGAAACUUUGUGCAAAGAAUAGAUAGUUUUGCCUUUUUAUCCCCCCACCCCUACCCCCGGCCCUGUGUGUGUGGCCUUUGCAUCGUUAUCUUGUGGAAGCGAAGGUUCAAGCCACGGGAAGCCUUGGCCCUUGAAAUUCCACUGUGGCUUUAGCCAUGUGAACUGCUUCACCCCGUUCUGGCUCUGUCUCCCCAUCUCCCCCCACCCCCAAAAAAAACUUUGACUAGUGAGGCUGGCGGGAAAGUCCCAUCUGGGGGCCUGGAGUGCAGUGGGGAGGUGGAGUGCGGCUAACCUCUGACAAGCACAGACCCCAGAAUGUGCCAAAGGCCAGCAGCCCUCCAGGCCCCUCCCCACCCCCCCACUGAGGCAGAGUCAGGCAAGAGCAAGAGAGGCGACUAAAAGCACAAGAAAACAAGACUGUAUGCUCUGACCUCUGCUCCAUCCCGAGAGGUCCGUGGACUGCCCCCUGCAGGGCAGACCCCAGCAGAUCCCUGCAUCCCGUUUUCCUUCCAGUGUACAUAGAUCGGGGAGGAGGUGAGGAGGCAGGACUCCCUUGCAACCUAGGUGUUUGGGGUUGGGAGCGCCCCCGUCAGGUGUGUCUGUGUUUGCACCUUGUCCUGUGUCUGAGGUGCUGUGACUGUACCCUCCUGCCCUGGGACCUUUGUAUCUCCUGGCUUUGUAAUAAAUGCUGCAUACUCUCUG